AUGGACGUGUGGGGCCCAGCCCCCGUCCGUGGACAGGGUCACGAGCGCUACUUCCUGCUGGUAGUUGACGACUACUCGCGUUACACCACAGUCUUCCCCUUGCGCCGCAAGGAUGAGGUCACUGAGGUGUUGAUCGACUGGAUCCGCGCUGCUCGUCUCCAGCUCAGGAAGAGUUUCGGCUCGGACUUUCCUGUUCUGCGUCUGCACUCCGACAGAGGUGGAGAGUUUUCCUCUGGCCCUCUGCGAGCCUUCUGUCGUGCGAGGGGCAUCCGCCAGACGUUCACGCUUCCAGUGUCUCCACAGCAAAAUGGGAUUGCUGAGCGCCGCAUUGGCAUGGUCAUGGAUGUCGCUCGUACGUCCAUGAUCCAUGCGGCUGCUCCCCAUUUUUUGUGGCCGUUUGCGGUUCAGUACGCGGCGCGUCAGAUCAACCUCCAGCCCCGGGUCUCCAUGCCGGAGACCUCCCCCACUCUGCGGUGGACGGGGAAGGUUGGCGAUGCGUCUGCGUUCCGUGUCUGGGGAUCUCGGGCUUUUGUCCGAGACUUGUCUGCGGACAAGCUGUCCUCCCGUGCUGUUCCCUGCGUCUUCCUUGGCUUCCCCCCUGACGCGCCUGGUUGGCAGUUCUACCACCCCACCUCGCGCCGUGUUCUGUCCUCCCAGGACGUCACGUUUGACGAGUCGGUUCCGUACUACCGUCUCUUCCCCUACCGCGCUGCCCCCCUCCCCCCUCCGCCGCUUUUCCUUGCGCCAGGUCACCCCCCGGUAGACCCCCUCCCCCCUCAAGGUCCUGCUCCUUCAGGUGUGUCUCAGGUAGACCCCCCCCCCUUGGCUGAGCCUUUGGAGCCUGUUCCUGUUGACUCUGGUGCUGUUGGGGACGGUGCUCCUGGGGGUGCGGAGUCUGGGGGUGCUGAGCCUGUGCGUGAGGAGACUGGAGGUCUUGCGCCUAGGGGUGCUGUGUCUGGGGGUGCUGAGCCUGUGUGUGCGGAGUCUGGAGGUACUGAGUCUGGAGGUGAGACGCUUGAGGGUACUGGGACUGCUGGUGCGCGGCCUACUUGGAGUGGCCGUCUUCAUCCGCGUGUGCCUCUCACCCCGCAGCAGCUGCACGACUGGUACGGUCGCCGUCAGGGUCGCGCUGCUGGAGCCCGGGGCUCGUCUACCGGAGGUGCUGGAGUCGCUGGUCCCGGAGGUGCUCGUACUAGAGGUACUGGAGCUGCUGGGGCUGGGGGUGCUGCGUCUGGGGGUGCUGCUGCUGGAGACGCUGAGGCUGGAGACCCUGGGACUGGAGGUGCUGGUUCUGGGGGUGCUGCUGCGGGAGACUCUGCGGUUGGAGACCCUGGGGCUGGAGGUGCCGGUUCUGGGGGUGCUGCUGCUGGUGACGCUGAGCCUGGAGGUGCUGGUGCUGGAGGUACCGGUUUUGAGGCUGGAGCCUCUGGAGCUGCUGGAGGUGCUGGAGCGGCUGGAGGCACUGGAGCUGCUGGAGGUGCUGGAGCUGCUGGAGCUGCUGGUGCUGGUGCAGCUGCGCCGACACGACUGUAG